AAGUGCUGGGAACGCUGAUAGCGGCUGUAUUCGUGAUCCUAGCUAGUGACCACACCCAAGCCAUACGAUGGUUGUAAGUUUAGAAGUAGCUUGAUCACUGUGAACAAUGUUUCAGGAAGGAUGGGAAGGUUGCAGGCUAUCUUCUGUCGCGAAGUGCUGGGAACGCUGAUAGCGGCUGUAUUCGUGAUCCUAGCUAGUGACCACGCCCAAGCCAUACGAUGGUUGUAAGUUUAGAAAUAGCUUAAUCACUGUGAACAAUGUUUCAGGAAGGAUGGGAAGGUUGCAGGCUAUCUUCUGUCGCGAAGUGCUGGGAACGCUGAUAGCGGCUGUAUUCGUGAUCCUAGCUAGUGACCACGCCCAAGCCAUACGAUGGUUGUAAGUUUAGAAAUAGCUUAAUCACUGUGAACAAUGUUUCAGGAAGGAUGGGAAGGUUGCAGGCUAUCUUCUGUCGCGAAGUGCUGGGAACGCUGAUAGCGGCUGUAUUCGUGAUCCUAGCUAGUGACCACGCCCAAGCCAUACGAUGGUUGUAAGUUUAGAAAUAGCUUAAUCACUGUGAACAAUGUUUCAGGAAGGAUGGGAAGGUUGCAGGCUAUCUUCUGUCGCGAAGUGCUGGGAACGCUGAUAGCGGCUGUAUUCGUGAUCCUAGCUAGUGACCACGCCCAAGCCAUACGAUGGUUGGCGCUGCAGACCCAGGGGUGGAACACUACGGCAGAAUGUCGGCAGGCGCGGCUCGCUGGUGAACUGAGCCGGCGACAGACGCGCUUGUGUCGCUCCUCACUGGACACCAUGGUGCAGGUGACACGCGCGGCUUCCUCCACGGUCGCAGUGUGUCAGGACCUUCUGCAGGACCGCCGCUGGAACUGUUCCUCUAUCCAGCUCGCACCGCACUUCACGCCUGACCUCACAACAGGGACGCGAGAGCAGGCCUUCGUGCAGGCGCUGAGCUCGGCAGCGGUAACUCAUGCCGUUGCUCGCGCCUGCGCCGCCGGGUUACUGGCACACUGCGCCUGCGCAUCUCCACCCACUGACCCUCCAGACGGCGCCUUCAAGUGGGGUGGCUGUGGCGACAACCUGCGCUGGGCCGCUCACUUUUCACGGCAGUUCGUGGACUCGGCGGACAAACACAGACCAGGACGACGCUACAGAGAGAGGUUGCGGCUGGCCAACAUCUCGGUGGACGAGGGAGACAGAGAAUUAGCACUCGUCAACCUCCACAACAACCGCGCCGGCAGACGGGCGGUAGAGAGCAGUGUCCAGGCGCAGUGCAAGUGUCACGGGGUCUCGGGCUCAUGUAGUGUCCGAACAUGCUGGAAGGCUUUACCACCGCGUCUGUUUGAGGUAGGGGUGCGCCUUCUGCGCCUUUACCCGCGUGCUGUGGAAGUCCGAGCCAACCCCGCCGUGGGCCGCCGCCUGCUGCCGGCUCGACCUACCCGCUACUCCCAGGACGAUCUCGUCUACGUCGCCAAGAGCCCGGAUUAUUGUCACCGAGACUACCGCGUAGGGAGUGUCGGCACUUACGGAAGAAUGUGCAAUAACUCAGUUGAGGGGCAUUUAAAUUGUGCCAACAUGUGCUGUGGGCGAGGCUAUGAGACAAGAACUGUAGAGAAAGUGGAACGUUGUCACUGCAAAUACUACUGGUGCUGCUACGUAAAAUGUAAGACUUGUCGAAGCUGGGUGAAUAUCAACCGAUGUAAUUGAACUA